UCUCGGACGCCAAACCGGACCAGGGAUUAGUUCGCCUUCCCCUCAUCUCCCACCCCCAAAGCACACACCACGCGAUGGGCAACCCCUAUAUUCACACCGACGGGCGCACACUAUCAAACCUUCUUGUACUAUCAAAAUAAUAUACCCCCCAUCCUCUAUCGCCUGCAAUGGCGGAAAUCUACGAUACCGACCGGUUCGCGGAACUCUAUUAUCCAUCAAAUACAGCGGACCUCCUGCAGCUUGGCCUUGCCGCAAGAUUCAUAGCCAGCUUAUUCGAGGCCCACCAGGUCACGUAUGCCUUUAUUGGAGGAUGGGCGGUAUAUCUAAGAGGGGGCCGGCGGAGGACACAAGAUAUUGAUAUCACUGUUGCUACGACGAUGGACCAUUUGAAACAGAUCCUGACCGCGCAAUCUCGAAUACAUUUUCCACUCACCCACGGCCGAACAUCCGUACAAGUCUUCAUCGACACGGGUCGGAGCGUGGAUGGCGAGUUCCCUCACGUCCCAGACUUGGCAGUCAGCAUGGACAUAGUGAUCAGUGGACACUUGGGGACGCCGGAGGAUCUACAAUCCUCACGCGAACCCAUCAACCCACAUAGACCCACGCCGUUGGGUUCACCGGUGUUAGUGUUGGGACUGGUCUUUCAAAUAUAUGCCAAGUUAGACGCGUUUUUCCGGCGAGGCGAGCAAGGGAGUAAGGACUUUUUGGAUUUGGAGUUUUUGUUUACCCAGUAUGCGGCGCAGAUCCCCACGUUUCGGGAUUAUUAUGAUUUGGAGCAUCGGAGGUAUUUCUGGACUCAAUAUGCGGAGGCGUACAUGGCGUUUCCCGAUCAGGUUGAGAAUAUGAGAUUAUUAUUAGGCGUCUGACGCCUGUAUGUGCAUUAUGGCCGGUCUUUAAUUCAAUUUGGAGUAUGCACAAUCUUCAAUAAAAA